AUGGCAACAAAGCAUACAUACUUUCAUUUAAAGCUCAAUGCAUUACCCUUCAAAACACAAGAAAAUCCUAUCCAAAAUCAAUCACCUUCAGAUCAUGCUUUUCCUAUACUAGUCAUUGCUGUACUAACCAUUGUAGCCACAGCUUUCUUGUUAUUUGUCUAUUAUAUCUUUAUCAACAAAUGUUGCUACUUCAAUUUCCACCAACUUAAUCUCUUAACGAGGUUUGCUACUUGGCGUGCUCGAAGAGAUGAGGAUUCGUUCAUAGCUCUAUCUCCUACAAUGUGGAAUCGGGGACUGGAUGAACACGUCAUUCGCGAAAUCCCUACGUUUCAGUAUAGAAGAGGUGAAGCUCAUGAGAGAAGUGUUUACGGGUGUGUGGUGUGUUUGAAUGAGUUUCAAGAUGAGGAUAUGCUCCGUGUUCUGCCAAACUGCAGCCACUCAUUUCAUUUAGAUUGUAUCGAUAUAUGGCUGCAAAGUAACACGAAUUGUCCGCUUUGUAGAACAAGUAUUUCAGGCACUACUAGGUAUCCUAUUGAUGAGAUAAUUGCACCAAGCUCUUCCCCGCAAGGCUCGCAGACUUACGCUGAUUGCAUGAUGGGCGGGGAUGAAGAUUUUGUCGUGAUCGAAUUAGGCGGCCAAGAGGAAGGAGUUCUAUUACCUCACAGGCAACAAGAAACAGGUGAAUCAACAGAAACUCAGACUCGAUUUAGAAGUCGAUCACUGGCCAAAACAGAGCAGAAGCCUGGAAAGUUAAAAUCAAGACAGCGUCACCAUGUUUCAAUCAUGGGGGAUGAGUGUAUUGAUGUAAGGGAGAAAGAUGAUCAGUUUUCCAUCCAACCGAUCAGGAGAUCUUUCUCGUUAGAUUCAGCAGUAGAUCGACAGCUUUAUUUAAGUGUUCAAGCUGUAAUUCAACAAAACAAGCAUCAAAGAGGGAUUAGCACUAAUGAAGAAAGUAGUAACAGAGUUCAAGCAUCGUUCUCAUCCUUCGGUCAAAUCAUGAGUUGCCGGAAUUUUCCUAAAACAUUCAGUAGCUGCAAAAGAGGGUCACAUGAGGUGUAAGAUUGAUACAAUGCACAGAAUGAAAUGGAGUGCAAGCAUGGGAAAGAGAAUGAUUGCCUAAACCACUAUAGAAGGAUGGCUUUUGCUUAGUUGUAUUUAUGAGUUUUUUCAACCUCAUGAGUGAGAAUGAUUGCAUUUACACUUUUAUCCAGAGAUUUUGAGACACGGAAAGAAAAUGAAUAUGGAAGGGACUGAUAUUAUGAAAGCUAGACAAAACAAAGGGCCCUCAACAAUAAGUGAAAACAAAAACAAAAGCACUCUAAACAGGAAUGAUCAGCAUCCUAUUUUUGUCCUUUUCGGUAAUUAUACUAAUGUUGGUGUGUUGCACGGAAGCUUACCGAGUACUAAAUUUUGGCGGUUGAUUUUGUUUUUCGUUUCUGAAAAUGUUUCUGAAAUUCUGAAACUUUAAAUUUCUAAAUUUCUAAAAUAAAAAUAGCACUUUUCCACUCCCCAUAUCAGUGUGCCG